AUGGCGUCCGCGUCGCCGACGCGGGCGACGAAGCGUCGACGACGGUCGAGCGGGACGGGGGGCGACGACGACGUCGUGGACGCGCGCGAUGGACGCCCGCGCGACGGCGCGCGAUUGGAGGUGCAGUGGGAGGUGCGCGCGGAAACUUCGGACGACGACGCGUGCGGUGCGACGACGUUGACGUGGUGGCCGUGCGUCGUGCGCGAGGACGAUGGUGGGACGUUUUUGACGUACGCGGCGAGGGAUGGGUUCGAAUCGGAGACGCGGGGGGUGACGUUCGCGGAUGGCGGUUCGAGACGGCGCUUGACGCACGACGACGAGGGCGGGAUAUUUCGGUGGCGGUUCGAGGGUGAGGAAGACGAAGGGGACGUUGGGGAGGGGGAGGAGGUGGUGGAUGACGCGCCGACGACGAUGGGGGAGAUUUUACGCGCGCAAGAAGCGAUGGACGCGGCGCACGGCGAGAGCGUGGAGAACGCGUCGAUGGCGGCGUUCGCGACGUUGCCGAUGAAUCAGCAGAUGAAUCUCGCGAGCGCGUUCGCGACGUUUAAGGAGAAGCUUCUCGGGAAACUGAACUCGCUCGUCGCGCAGAAGGGCGACGACGUCAUCGUCACUAAAGACGACAUCGACAACAUCAUGGGCGACAUCGCGAAGUGA